AUGUCACAAUCUAGUUUGGUCGGGUAUACAUCUUUUACACGAUCUGUACACGAUCGUCUCGACUUCUACUCCGGAAAUCUUGCAACGUCGAGCAGAGGUCGAAUUAACCAGAAAUAUAGCCUUGAACUUGAACAGCAGGCAAGACAGUGGAUGGAAGCAGUGUUACAGAGAGAAUUAGUGGAGGGAGCUGAUCAAAAUAUGCCAUUAGGUGAAGAGCAGUUUCAAUUAGCAUUGAAAGAUGGCGUAUUAUUAUGCGAGCUUAUCAACGAAUUAAAACCAGGUUCUGUAAAGAAAAUAAACCGAGUUCAGUCCGGAAGUUUUAAGCAGUUUAAAGAUAUGGAAAACAUAGAAAACUUUUUAAAAGCCAUAGCAAAUUACGGCGUGUCAACAGCGGAUAAAUUCGGUACCCCAAACCUCACAGACAGAAACAAUGGCAUGACUUAUGUAUUAAAUUGUAUACAUGCUGUAGGACGGGCGGCACAGAAGAAUGGUUACACUGGACCAACGUUAGGACCCCGCGAAUCUCAACAUAAUCCAAGAAACUUUGAUGAACAAACAUUACACGCUGGACAAACGGUAAUUGGGCUACAGUAUGGUUUCACAGGGGGAGCCAGCCAAAAGGGAAUGAACUUUGGAAAAGCACGGUCAAUCAACGACUGACGUUAUCAAUGAAUGUAUAGUCUAUUUCAAAGUAGUUAGGAUAGAUAUUUUACAAUCUCUUUUCAUACUGAACGAUAUUCAACCGAGAGUACCAUGAUAAUUGUGAUACUUGCUUAACGUUUAAACCUGAAACAUGCCGCUGACGGUCAGUAUUUUUCGUGCAAAAAGGAUUUGAUGAAAGUGAGAGUUUAUAUACUGCGUGCUAGAUAUAAGAGGGUUUGAAAAUUUGGUUAAUACUGUUUUUAAUCAUGUAUUCAAAAGACUUUUCUGCGUCAUAUAACAUUGUAACCACAACCAUAUACAUGUAGUAUUAAUAAAAAGUCAUUUUAUUCGCCAAGUAUGUUCAAAGCUUUACAGACCCACCUAAAAAACUAUUUUUGAAACUGUGACGUAAUUAUGAAAAAAAAAUUUCAGAUUUCAUUUUUAUAGCGAGAUAACUUUUUAGUACAAGGAGUAUACUAUUACUUUUUGAUAGACGUAAAAGAAAAAGAAUAUGUCUUGGUGGGUCUUUUCAUCACAUGAAUGUGACGUCAUAUUGUUUGUUUGUUUGUUUUUUGUUUACGAUGUUUGUUAGAUAUAAAUACACACUUUAAUCAAAUUGUUUCUGACAUUGUUUAGAGCCUAAGGUAAAAUAGUAACAGAUAUAAGAAAUUAGUUGUUAUGAUGUAAAUCAUGGCGAACGUUUACAACAUUGACCAAAUCAUGUGUAAGUUUAGUUUAAUCAAACAUGAAAUAAAUAUUUAUAUAUUUUUAAGGUUUUUUUUAAAUACAAGGUUUUCUUUAAAUACGGGAUUUAUUUUCAUUAAAUAUUUCAUGAGUGGCGGUAGCCAGGAUUCAAAUAUGAUUAUUUUCUUACCACAAGAUGAAAAUAAAUCUUGUAUCUUGAAAUUUCUGAUUAUCAUAUAGAGGAUCUAUAUUUAUCAUCACAAUUUGAAAGCCUUCCUUUUAUUUUUUUGUGUAUUGACUGUUUAGAAAAAAGUAGACUGAAAAUACAGAAAAUAUGUUUCACUGCAGUGAAAAUACAGAAAAAGAAAAUACGCAUUUUAUUCCAUCAAUAUUUCAUUUAAAGCUUUAUAAUAAAGUAAAGAAGAUGUUUAUGUAAAGUUGUAAACUUUCGCCUGACACUAAAAUGGCGCGUGCUAUUAUAUUUUGUAAGUACAUCGCGGCAUUGAAUACUGAAUCUCUACAAACUUCAUAUUGCUUUGGUAAAAAUGACGUAGUCCUGCUUUAUAUUUUUGGUUGAAUAAAUUCAUCUAAUAUUUCAAUCAUAUAACUCUGACUUAAAUAGGCCCAAUGCUACGAUAUUUUUUUUCAGCAUUGCCUAGAAAACAUCUGUAAACUAUUUUUGAUCGCGCUUUUGUGGUCAAAAUGGUCUCCUCAUUUUAUGGAUGCAUAAUUUUCUAUCUUCUUUCCUGCUUAUGACUGGUGGGCGAUACAGGCCAACUUGGGCCUCUUGUUAAUUUUACACUUUUUUUUGCUGUUCACAAAUUGAAAUAGGUCAGUCGGCUUGAAAUAGGUCAGGUGGCGAGUCUUAAGGUGUAACAUCCGAUGGAUGUGACAGGUGUUGAUGUCACGUUGAGGUUAUGUAACAUAUUGUAAUCUAACAGACCUCAACGAUGUACGCGCGUUUUGGCUUUAAUAACGCUUGAUUUAUGAUCUGACAGUUGAUACAUUUUCAUUAUUUCUUAUACAGAUAUAAACAACCAAUCAGGUCAAAAUGUUAUUUAUGUUUUCAAAAAUAUCUGUUAUAUCUCUAAAGGAAAUGGCGAACAAAUGAUUAAUUAUCUUAGGAUUAUAUUUUUUUUCUUAUUAACAGUAACAAUAAGUCAUUUAAAGGGAGUAUUAAAGGUUAUUUUUUAUAUUUCAAUUUCAUAUAUCAUUCUCCAAGGACGAAAAAGUGCCAGAACGUAUCCUUGGAGAUGUGUCGACCGUUUUAUCACAUUUUCUUUUAUCUACUACCGCGUGAUAAAAGUUUUAUAAGUUUUUUUACAUUGUCACUUUGUUGUUUUGUUGUUGUUUUUUUUGUGCUCUUUGUUAAAAUUGUGUCAUUUAGCACGUAUUUUUGUGUUGUUUAAAUAAAAAGUUGGCUUUUUUAAAUAAAUUUGUUGAGAUAUAAAUUAUUACUUGUAAUUAUAUGCUAAUUAUUUGUAAUAAUAUGGAAAUUACUUGUAAUAAUAUGCAAAUUACUUGUAAUAAUAUGCAAAUUACUUGUCACAUUUCUUGUAAUUGUAAACAAAUUAUUUGUUUCAUAAUAAUUAUUUGAGAUUGUUGGUUAUUCUUUGCAUAUUACUUGUAAUAUUAAAGCCUCAUGUAAUUUAUGCAAUUUACAUGUGGGCAGUUUUUGCACAUUACAUAAUUGAAUAUGCAAAUUGCUUGAUAUUUAAAGCAAAAACUGUAUCUAAUGCAUAUACAUGUAAUUUGUGGUUAUUAUAUGUAAAAUACUUCUUGAUAUAUAACAAACUGCUGAUUCGAAACCAUUUGUCAAUUUAGUGAAUUAAUAUGCACUUUUGAUACAAGUCACGUAAUUUUUUAAGGAAUAUAUUUUUUUGUAAGUUGUAACAAAAUUGCUGGUCUCUUUGACCGACUGGUUAAGAUCGUUGACUUCAAAUCUUUUUGUCCAUAACCGCUAUGGGAUCACAUCCCGUCAAGGGGUUUGAAUUCUUUCAUGCGAGAAAGCUUUCCUACUUGCUUACGAGAGGUCGGACGCUUUAGUCAGGUGCCCGCUUGUGCAUGAAAUGGCACUUGAGGUUUCUCCGCCAAUGCAUCUGGAAAGUCACCACGUGAUCUUAACAACGUCAGUGCAUCAUGAAACCCUACAAAUUAUUGAAAUAAAAUAAAAAAUGUUAAAAAAUAAUAAUUCCUUUAAAAAAUUGAUAAAUGAGCCAAUUAUUUUAUUUGUUUUGUAAAAGAGAAGUCAAAGUAAUCUCGAUGUUUAUAGAUCUGUAAAAUAGAUUAAAAACAUUUAAA